AUGUACAAGGUAUUGGAGCGGAUUAUCCUGGAUCGACUCAUUAAACAUCGCGAAGAAACAACGCGCGACGAGCAAGCUAACUUUCGUCCUGGCCGAUCUACGAUUGACCAAGUGUUUAUCGUCAGGAGAGUGAUCGAAAUCUGGCAGCAGUAUUCGGAGCCAAUGCAAUUCGCGUUUCUGGACUUUAAAGCCGCGUUCGACGCUCCUCACCGAGGUCUUCUCAACGGCUCCCCGCCGAUACAGUACCAGGAAAGUUCGUUCGCUUGCUUGCUGACAUGA